AUGGGUGCACAUAUACGCAAAAUACUAGCGCCACAAAGCCAGCAAGGAGGACAACCAUCUUCUCAGCCUCUUCCACAACAAAUGCCUGUACCACAGGGAUAUGUUCAACCACACCCAGUGGUAUUAGCAGCUCAACAACAACCCGCGGUUCAACCUGUAUCCAUUCAACAGCCAGUGCAACAAGGGCAAGGUUUUGCACCGGUACAGCAACCCAUGAUGCCUUCCCAACAACCUAUUAUGGUUCCUGUACCUCCUCAACAGCCAAUGAUGGCUCCCGAACAACCUAUUAUGGUUCCUGUACCUCCUCAACAGCCAAUGAUGGCUCCCGAACAACCUAUUAUGGUUCCUGUACCUCCUCAACAGCCAAUGAUGCCUCCACAACAACCUAACAUGGCGACUUUUACUCCGCAACAAUCCAUGAUGCCUUAUUCACAACCUACUGCGAUGUCUGCUGCUCCUCAGCACCUACAUCAAAUGAUUCCUCAACCACAACCUGGAUAUUCACAACAGCCGGUUCAGGGUGGUUUUGCUCAAUAA